UGACGUCACUGGGCAGCGGGGAUAAAACUCCCCGACAGCAUUCCCAGCUAGGUCGCAGCCUGUGGAGCUAAGUGGGUUGUCCGGUUCCGAGACACGCAGGGUGCACCCAUCGUUGGACUCACUCUCGGGAAGGCAUCAUGCCCCAGAACGUGGUCCUCCCAGGCCCUGCGCCUUGGGGCUUCAGACUCUCGGGGGGCAUAGACUUCAACCAGCCUUUGGUCAUCACCAGGAUCACUCCAGGAAGCAAGGCAGCAGCUGCCAACCUGUGUCCUGGAGAUGUCAUCCUGGCUAUUGAUGGCUUCGGUACAGAGUCCAUGACCCAUGCUGAUGCACAGGACAGGAUUAAAGCAGCAUCAUAUCAACUGUGUCUCAAGAUUGACAGGGCGGAAACCCGCUUAUGGUCUCCACAGGUGUCUGAAGAUGGAAAAGCACAUCCUUUCAAAAUAAACUUAGAAGCUGAACCACAGGAUGUGAACUACUUUGAACACAAGCACAAUAUUCGGCCCAAACCUUUCAUAAUUCCAGGCCGAACCAGCGGCUGCAGCACCCCUUCCGGUAUUGAUGGGGGCAGUGGCCGUAGUACCCCUUCUUCUGUCAGUACCGUCAGUACCAUCUGCCCAGGGGACUUGAAAGUGGCGGCUAGGAUGGCCCCUAACAUUCCUUUGGAAAUGGAACUCCCCGGUGUGAAGAUUGUGCACGCUCAGUUUAACACACCUAUGCAGUUGUACUCAGAUGACAAUAUUAUGGAAACACUUCAGGGUCAGGUUUCCACAGCUCUAGGGGAGACACCCUCGAUGAGUGAACCCACAGCCUCAGUACCCCCUCAUUCAGAUGUGUACCGCAUGCUCCAUGACAAUCGGGAUGAACCAACUCCUCCUCGCCAAUCAGGCUCCUUCAGGGUGCUCCAGGAACUAGUGAACGAUGGGUCUGAUGAUCGUCCUGCUGGAAUGAGGAGCGUGAAGGCUCCGGUUACGAAAGUCCAUGGCGGAGCUGGCAGUGCCCCGAGGAUGCCACUCUGUGACAAGUGUGGGAGUGGCAUUGUAGGUGCUGUUGUCAAGGCCCGGGAUAAGUACCGGCACCCCGAGUGUUUUGUGUGCGCAGACUGUAACGUCAACCUCAAGCAGAAGGGCUACUUCUUCGUGGAGGGGGAGCUGUACUGUGAGACCCACGCGAGAGCCCGUACGAGACCCCCAGAAGGCUACGACACCGUCACUCUGUACCCCAAAGCUUAAGUCCUUUGCAAAUGAGAACCCGCAUGCACGCAUGCACGCACCCACACGCAUUUACACUGGCCAAUGAUAUGGAUGGCUUUAGCAGAAGGAACACAGUCCCCUCCCAAUCUGAAGCCAAGGCUUUGGGGCAUGUAUCUUCUUGUAGAGUGAGGGAAAGAAAUGGGGAGCCAAAGGCCCGCCUGGUGACAAAAACAAGUAUUAUCUAUGGUUUGUAACUCUUUAUCUUUGGGGACAGCAAUGGUGACAUUUAAAGCAAUAAUGUUUCAAUGUUACGCUCCACAAGUUCCAUCUGUUAGACAACUAUCAAUGUGUAAACACAUGGAUAUUUGGGGGAGUCAAGUUGUUUUACCUCCAAAAUUGCUUUUGAUAAUUGUAGCAUAAGUGGUACCUAAUAGCAAUCUUGUAUUCUAACAAAACCUGAGGGUGUCUGUGUCUGUUUUUCCUAACGUGCCUGUCAGGAAGACAUUUCUCUGUUUUACACGCAAACAGCUGUAUCACUGGAUGACACAACCCAAUAAAUACAUGAAGCAUGUUUUUU